AUGUCUCUGAGCAGUUGGCUUGCAAACCUCGGCGGUCAGCACUCGAGACAUUGCUGCUUUAUCGGGGUCUUAAUUUUCAUUGAACUUUCCCUCGUAUGUGCCCAUCCACUUUCCUUCAAUAUCAGUCGCUUCGAUCCAAGUGUGAAGGACAUACUCUACGAAGGUGAUGCCGUGCCUACAUCAGGAGCAAUCGAACUCAACAUGAUCACGCAAGCAUUCCGCACUGGCCGGGUUACUAGCGCACAGCCUCUGCACUUGUGGGACUCUUCCAAGGGAUCACUGGCUGCAAACUUCACUACUAAUUUCUCUUUUACGGUUGACACUCUUAACCAGACAAAAUUUGCUGAUGGUUUUGCCUUUUUUCUUGCUCCUGUUCACUAUCCCAUUCCACCUGACUCUGCCGGAUGUGAUCUCGGAUUGUACAACACCACCACUCGUUUUGCAGCCUCCCAAAACCAACUUGUGACAGUCGAGUUUGACACCUUCUUAAAUGACUGGGAUCCACAGGAGACGCAUGUCGGCAUCAAUAUCAACACCAUCUCCUCAGUUGUUCAUUCCAGUUGGGAUCCUAUUCUUCACAGUGGUAAGGUGGGCAAUGUCCAGAUAUCAUACAAAGCUGCGACCACCAAUUUUAGUGUGCUCUGGACAUACGAGGGCAAUGCUUCUUAUAUUUCGUACCUUAUUGACCUACGAAAGGUUCUUCCCGAGUGGGUUACAGUUGGUUUUUCAUCUGCUACUGGCAUUUAUAAUGAGCGCCAUAUUAUAUACUCAUGGGAGUUCAAUUCAGAUUUGGAUUCAAGCGGCAAAAACAAGAAGAGAGGAAUGUUAUUCUUGAUUAAGGUGGCUGCACUACCUUCUUUAUUUGCUUUUAUUCUUGGAGUUGGUGUAGCCAUAUAUUGUUUGGUGGCAAGCAAGCGAAAGAAGAGCAGUGGCGUAAUUAGUAAUGACCUUGAGAGACACGCCUUACCAAAGCAGUUUAGUCCCAAAGAAUUGCAUGUUGCCACCAAUGGCUUCUCACCAGAUAGAAAGCUAGGCAGAGGAGCGUCUGGACAAGUUUAUAAAGGACUACUACAAGGUCUAGGCCGUGAAGUAGCUAUCAAGAAAAUCUGCACAGGAACUGAUCAACGCUACGAGGAAAUCUUUAUGAAUGAAGUCAAAAUAAUAAGCUGCUUAAACCAUCGAAAUCUGGUGCAACUCAUUGGAUGGUGUCAUGAUCAACAGCACAAAGAGUGCUUGGUUGUUUAUGAAUACAUGCCAAAUGGCAGCCUUGACGAGCACUUAUAUGGCCGUAGAAACAGCCUGCAAUGGAAUUCAAGAUACGAGAUAGCUUUAGGCUUGGCCAGAGCCCUUUAUUACCUGCAUGAAGAUGCAGGGGAUUGUGUCUUUCACAGGGAUAUCAAGUCAGCUAACGUGUUGUUGGACAAGGAUUUGAGAACUAAACUUGGUGACUUUGGGAUUUCUAAGCGAUUGGAUCCCCAGUUCCCAACUCAGACAACAGAAGUAGUUGGGACUGUGGGCUACAUUGCCCCCGAAUAUGUUAUUGAAGGGAGGGCUAGUAAAGAAUCUGACAUGUUUAGUUUUGGAGUUGUGGCCUUAGAAAUUGCUUGUGGAAGGAAGAGUUACAAUGUCAAUGACAACUUGCCACUUUAUAAGUGGGUUUGGAAAUUCUACCUUGAAGGGCAUCUUCUCGAUGCAGCCGAUGAAAGUUUGGAAAUGGAAUUUGAACAAGAAGAAAUGAAAUGCUUGUUAAUUGUGGGAUUAUGGUGUACCCAUCCCCAUAAUAAGGAAAGACCAAACGCAGGACAAGUGAUGAAAGUACUUAAGCUUGAAGAACCAUUGCCGGAACUGCCACUUGACAUGCAUCUUCAACAGCCUUUGCCUCAACCUCAACUACAAUCUGGCUCAACUUCGGCUUCUCACAUUUAA